ACAGUUUCUAAGCGCCGCGUGAGAGUCAGAGCAACAUAAACACGUCUGUCCUUUUCAUAGUCCACGUCGACAAACACUCUUGGUUAUUUAUUUUAUUUUACUUUAUUUUAUUGCUCAGUUUGUUAUUACAGAACACAGGAUGGAAUUCACCAUCCGGGCCGCCACGCUCGAGGACUGCAAGGACAUCUCGCGCAUGAUACUGAGUCGAUGUGCCCGCGAACUGGCAGAGUAUGAGAAAGUUUCUGACCAGGUCAAGAUUGCACAAAGAGAUCUGGAGCAGGAUGGAUUCUCUAAAAACCCUUUUUUCCAUGGAAUCAUUGCUGAAGUGCCAGAGCACCUUAAAUCCAAAGAGGGUCAUACCAAGGUUGGUUACUCUCUGUACUUCUACACAUACAGUUCAUGGAAAGGUCGGGCGGUGUACAUGGAGGAUCUGUAUGUGAUGCCAGAGUUCAGAGGGAAAUGCAUUGGCAAGGCUCUGAUGUCUAAAGUUUCCCAGCUUGGUCUGGCUGCUGGUUGCACCCAGCUGAAUUUCACUGUGCUGGACUGGAACAAAUCAUCUCUUGACUUCUACCUAAAGCUGGGCUGCUGGGAUGUGACCUCCGACCUCGGCUAUCACUGCAUGCGCUGUGAGGGCGAUGUCCUUGAACACUUGGCCCAGGGGGACCUUUAAAUUUUGAAGCACAUAGAUUCCACUGUCAACCCCUGACCAGAGCCACAAGUAACAAGUUGUUUGAUAAGCACAGGAAGACAGUAAACUGACAGUUAAAUGGGAAAACUGGAAUAAGUAACCAUGCUCAUAUCCUAUAGACAUUUUCUGAGAUAAACGCAACUUUAUGAGGCAAUAUAGACAAGCAAUAUUGCCGAGAACAAUAGACAGAAGAUCUUUCUUAUUUAUGUUGCCUCAAAAAAUGCAUUUGAUUCAUUCUACAUAAUUAAAUUGUGAAGUCUGACCUAACCAAAGAUUCAGAAGUGCACUGUUGUGUCAUUGUGAAUCGCAUAUAUAUUGGCCAUAUUAUGACAUAAUCAUUUUUCUACUAGUGGAAAGAGUGGAAGUGAAAUUGUUACAGUUGGUGCUGAUACCAGCAC